AUGUUACCCACGUUAUAUCGUCAUGCACAAUCAAAAAUUUUCGAUGUUGAAGCUUUUCUAGACGCAUUACAUCGUUAUGGAAUUAUGGCAACACCAUGGCGACAAGACUGGCGUUAUGUACUCUUGAUAGAUGAAAAUACAAAGACCGGUCCAUUCACAAUGGAUUUAAUCGAACCACAUAUUGCUUUAGCACAUGAUCGUAUUGAUUUUGAUGUUAGUAAUUUAUCAUUAGAACGAGGAUAUACAAAAGAUUUGGGUAUGCGGGGCGAUAUCACAGGUGGAUCAUAUCCAAUUCAACUUGAAACGAUUGUUGAAAAUAUUCGUAAUAAAAAUUUUCAAGUUUUACGACCAGUUGAUGGUGAAAACGGACCAAAUACGUCGGGAACAGUGGCUGAAAGAAUUGAGAAGAUGAAAUCAAGAGGAUGGACACAAAUUGGUACGCCGUUCUCGUUUAUUCCAGAUCCCCCAUCAACUUAUAAUGCCGUUCUCGUACCUUAUCCAUCGACCACAUUACUCUAUCAAAAUCUCGUUACUGAGAUGAAAAAAAUACCUCAAGCACAAGUGAUAUCAAUUGAACAAAUAAAAAAUCCGAAUAUUGAAGCGUUGUAUGAAUAUAUGAAACGAACCAUAGCAAAAGAAUGUCCAGGUAAUGAUCCUAGAGAACGAGAAUUAUUUCAUGGUACUAGUGGUGAAGCAAUUCAAGGAAUCAUUGACAGAGGUUUUGAUGAUCGAUACUUUUCUCCAUCUGGAGCAUGGGGACGUGGCGCAUACUUUGCCGAUGAUCCUCGAAAAUCGAAUUUGUUUGCACGACCCGAUCCAACCACACAGCGUCGCGUUAUUUUUUACAACAAAGUUUUAUUGGGUGUUGAAUCCGUACAAACACAACCGAACAAUUCAAUUAGUGCAGCACCACUAAAUCAUCAUUCUGUUCAUGGUACUGGAUUUCAAUACCAUGAAUACAUCGUCUAUCGAUAUGGUCAAGCCUUGGCAUACUUAAAAAUUACUUAUACAGCACCGUAA